AUGUUUGAUGUUAUCUGGACCGACCCCGACCGGGAACUUGUCGGCGAGCAUCGCGCCAGAAAGGAAAAGAAACGCGAACUGAAGAACAGGGAGAAAGAAAGAGAGCAGGAAAACUCGAUCAUGACACGCUCUACUUCGGUGACAAGUACUCGAUCAUCAGCAGAAUCUCGCUUCAAAUUCCUUCGGCCUCGAAAUGGCAAACAGACAAAGAACAGAGACAAGGCUCCUUCGGGACUCCUUACUCCAAGCCAACACUCUUCUCGUUCCAACUCAGGCAGCUAUCACCGCUCGGCGCUCAUGGCAAACCUUUCCGAUGUUUCUAUUGGAGCUGCAAGAGCACAGAGAGGAGUCACGCCGGCUUCUACUAAUGCUUCUGCUGAUGCCUCCCAAGUUUGUCCAUCAUCUGGGUCUGUUACCUUCACGAUUAAGCACCAUGAAGUGUCGCAAAUCUCCACAAGACCUGACGUGGAUAACCCAGACAUGUCAAUUGACAUGCGCAUCUCAUCUGAGGCUGAUACAGAUCCACCUACUACCCCCGCAGGCUCAUUGGGUGAUAGAAACUUCCCAGCUCCGCUACUCCAGACCGACUCACCCUGCAGUCUUGUUCCCAGUAUCAGGCUCCCCAAACAGUCAAAGGAACCAGUGAUAAUCAAAUUUCGCCCCAACGAUCCCGACUCGUGGCGCCCACCUGAGGAGUGGGAGUACAUCGACCGACAAGCAGAAGAGGAGAUGUCCAAGAUUGAGGAAGACGUUGAGAUGGUGCCGCAAACAGACGACCAAGUCCAGCCCCUUGAUACAGACUUUGAGAAGCUGAAGGAUCAAGUGAAGCUCAUGGCAACGGCAAGCCCUAUUAUGAUUCUCACGCGCAUCAAGCAGAUCUGGAGUGUCACAGACGAAAGCCUCCACGCAGAAUUGAACAUGGAGCUGAAGCGAUGGAUGUUGUCUAUUCUGAGCCAUCUGGAUAUUGAGCCAACAGGUAGUACCGCAGAUGUCUCUGGUGUUAUGGAUGAGGCUACCAGCGUUAAGGUUCUGGCACUCUACGAACCUCAUGUGACGGCAUCUUACCUUGCAGCUCUACACCCAACCAAGAAGGUGUACCAUGUAUCAUCUGAGUCUCCCUCAGACGCACAGUUUUCGAACAUCCAACCCGUGCUUGUACCGCCAAUGACCACAGCGUCCUCACUCGAACAUCAUAUUUUCGAAACCGUGUUUUCCCUCUCGAUACCUGCAGUGUGCCCAUCGCCAGAUAUCCCAGGGGUACUCAAGAGCAUUAGCAAGUGUCUGCGAGUCGGUGGUUCCCUGCAGCUCACUCUCAUCGACCCGUUACCAUGCGCAGGAACACUCGGGCACAGGAUGCGAACAUGGCUCGAAGAGAACCUUCUCAUAAAUCUAGAGCGACAUUUCAGAUGCACCAACCCAAGAAAGCUGUUUCCUGACUGGAUGGGCGAUGCUGCUCUGCGCGGCCAAGGCAGUACCCUCACAACAUCCAAGUUCUACGCUGUUUCAGCAAGCAUCCGCAGUCAAGCCGACGACGACGAUCCAUUCAUUGACCGCGGGCAUUCCGAACGUGAGGUAAAAGCCGAAGUCAGGAGCAUCAUCGGCCGUCUGCUAUGGAUGGAGGUCUGGGGCGGAUUCGUCACUGGGGACAAAUGGUGGUGGGAGGACGAUGGCUGCGUCAACGAGUGUGUCCAGCUUGGCACGGUUUGGGAUUACCACAUGAUAGAGGGGAUCAAGCAAGAUGACACGACAGACGAGGUAGAGGAGGAACUUUAG